AUGGGCAACGCUCCAGCGAAGAAAGGAGACCCAGAAAAUGGUAUAAUAAUAUUCGCGGGGGCAUCUGUUGUUACACUCACCCUUGCGAAAAACCUACUAAGCUUGUGUUUUUGUUGUCUUAUUUUAUUUUUUCCUGCAGUUAAAGCUUUUCUUACUGAGGCGAAGGAAGAAUUCAAUGCAAAAUGGGAGAGACCAUCUCAGGUAAGGCUUUCUCGCUACGAAUUGUAGUAUUAUACUGUCGCAUACUCCGUUCGCUUUUAACUGAAAAUAUAUUCAUCUUUUUGAUGUGCGCGCUUUUGUUGGGUGAGACUUGUAAAUUACUUUAAACGGUGUUCUUUCCUUUUGAGAUCGUGUCACUAACAACCCGUGCUUGAAUCUUAGUUUGGCUUGUCGGUCCUAUUUUGUAGUUGUAAGAUUUUUGUAUUUCAAGGCCGGCCAAGUUGCUUUGUCACGAAGUAUUUUCUAUAUUGAUUUUCAUGGUGUCGCUCAUGUCAUGUCUGUUUGAUGCUUACAGAAUACGGCUAGUUUGGAUGAGUUUGAGCGUCUCAAGACCCUAGGUACUGGAUCAUUUGGUCGAGUUAUGCUGGUACAACACAAGAGCAGCUCAAGAUACUACGCCAUGAAAAUUCUGGACAAGCAAAAGGUAAUCUGAGGUUUAUUAUGUUGAAUUUUUGAACGGGGUUUUGCGAGGAUUUCGAUUAGGGAUGACUGGCGCAGUAUGUCGGUUUUAUUAGUUUAACUUAUGUGCAAAAAUAUUACUCCCGACCUCUGUUUCGAAGCCUCAAUCUUUCAAGGAUUAGAGAAAAAUAUUAAAUAAGGACGAUUGUAUCCUUGGAAAACGAGAUCUCCGUUUCCUCGAAUUUCUAAAUUUGAAUGGCAGAUAAAAGACUUCGCUUUAACAACAACAACCUGUUCGUUGAUUUAUUCUGAAUGUCUGUUACGAAUAGCUGUGUCUUAUUUUAAGAUAUGAAAGUAAAAAUUCAAUGAAUCUGGGCGCUAUUUUUUUAGUUUCGUAUCUUGGAUUACUUCUUCUUUCUUGUAGACAUUGAAUUAUUACAUUCUUGGUUUGCACUGUUCAUUGCUUUUUGUAAUCUCAACUUAGACAUAGGCACCAUUUUUUAUGUAACAGGUGUUAUGACGAAUUAAUAAUCUUGAACUGGGUGUAGCAUAGAAUUCAUACGAUCUGCUUUAAUUUUAAGGUUGUCAAGUUAAAGCAAGUUGAGCACACGUUAAACGAGAAGAGAAUCUUGCAAGCCAUCACCUUCCCAUUCUUGGUGAAUCUGGAAUGGCACUUUAAGGUUUGUUUCUGCAAAGAUAUUGGCUAACAUCAUGUUUCUAAGCUCAUUCCCCGAUCUGUUUUUCCAUUAAGUUUGAACUAAAAUACAACCUUUUUAAACUCUAAUUCCUUAAGUCACUUAUUAAAAUUAUCUGCAUUAUAAUUGUUGACAAAAUAACACGGACGUGUUAACAUCAUUUGAGAAUGUUUUGAUUAUGAUGUCCUUUUGUUUAAGAUAUUAAGAUUUUGCAACACCCACUUGCAAUAGAAUGAUAUAAGUUUUAUAAGUGAAAAAUUGUUGAAUCAUUUAGAUAAGCCUGGAAUACCAUCACCACUUUUGGUUUCGUAGGGUAUUUUACUCAUUCCUUACUGUCAAUGACAUUCUAAUUUAAAUAUUGUUGCAACAAAAUAAUAACAAUAUUUGGUGCAAGUCUUGGGUAUAGGCUGUAAGAGACCAAGGUUAGUUUCAACAUACUCAUCAUUGCUCGUCUAGCGAAUGAUUUUAUCCAACAUUUAUAAAACUUUAAUAUCAGUAAAGCAUUUUCUUUACAUUCUAUGACAACGUUAUCACCCCGUGCCUGCCACUUUUAACAUUACUUCAUCUUGUACAACUGUUGUGUCUAUUGUAAUAACCUUCUGACACUUGCAUUGUUAUGUUGUCCCCUUUCCUUUAAGGUGCCUGUAAGUAAUUGUCAAUUUGCUCCAUUGUAAGCUAAUACUUUGAAUAUGGUUAUUGAUAUGCCUCAGUAAGUUCCUAUCCAGGAUAAGAGGAAUAUUUUGAUUAAAGAAGUUGCCUAGAAGUACAUGCGUUAAUUUUAGUGAAUAUCCAUGCGGCUAUCUAACAUCAGCAAACAUCAGUUACCAUGUAAGACAUCACAGACACGGUUCAUACAAUCUUGAAAAGGUCUUGAAUUUUAGUAGUCAUCUUGAAAAGUCCUUGAAUUCCCUUGAGGUCCUUGAAAAGUACUUGAUUUCUUUAUUAGGUCUUAAAAAAUCCUUGAAAUUCACAACCUUGUCUGCGCCAGACACCUUUUUCUGUAAAAUUAGAUUAUUUUGCUGAGGAAAAUUUGGCUCAUCCUCGGUGUAAGAACCUGUAAAACUCACGAGGAAUGUAAAAACAUUUUUGUGCAUGAACAAUAUGUUAUUUCUGUUUCUUUAUUUCAAAUGCUAUUUCUGUACGUCAGACACAUUUGCAAGUCAUACCCUGUCAUUUUGCAAAGUGUUGUUGCGGAAAAUAGUAUGAAAUAAUGUGAUCAAUGAUGGCCGAAGAGGUAAAAUCAUAAAUGACUUCAUGACGUGUUCUAGCCAGUAGGGUGAUCAAAGGGGGUCAAAGAAAACUGUAACUGGUCCUUGAAAAUGAAAAGUCCUUCAAAUAUUGUUUGUCUGAAGUUGUACGAACCAUGCAGACAUCUCUUGCUUGUUUGUUUAGCUAUCAAUUAAUGGUGUCUUUGUCACCACUGCACUGUAGCCUUAUUUUCAAAUGUACUUUCUUUUGUUUGUAGGAUAAUUCCAACCUGUACAUGGUGUUGGAGUUUGUGCUUGGGGGAGAAAUGUUCUCUCAUCUAAGACGCAUUGGUAGAUUCAGGUGAAAUAUUUAUUUUUUUUAUGAGAAGGCAUGAACAGGGUUUUGUGUGCUUUGACAUCGCCUACUUUCCCCCUUGGUGACAAUCAACCUGAUUUCAGUGUACCGCACACCUCAAAUCUGCAUAGCUCAAAAUACAUCUCUUGAUAACAUUAUCGUAAUAUCCUCAAGCUCUGAAACCAACUGUAGAGCAACUUAUGUAUUCAUAUUGGUUUUAAAUGACAUAACUUAGCAAGGUUGUGGUGAUAGCUGUAGCCGCCCUAGUGCCCAACACUUCUGGGCUUUUUAAUUUUCACAAUUGUUUGUUUGGGAACAUUGCAAAGAAUACAGCUGUUAAAACAACAUUCACAGGAAAAUGCCCUUUUACCCCCCUGGUACGUGGAAAAGUAUACUUACAUUUUCGUUAUUUUUCUUUUUCAGUGAAACCCACUCAAGGUUCUAUGCAUCCCAAAUUGUGUUGGCUUUUGAGUACUUACACUCACUAGAUCUUAUAUAUAGGUACUGCUUUCAAAUCUUCUACUGGAGGCGUUUUAAACUUAUAUUAGUACACACCUUAUGCAGAGGGAACACUUCAUUUCACAUCCAAUGAACUGUGUUUAUACAGCGUUUCCCAAGUUUUUUUGCUCAUUCAUAAAUUUUUCUUGCUUAGGGAUCUCAAACCAGAGAAUCUUCUGAUCGAUGAAAAAGGUUAUUUAAAGGUGGGUAGGAAAACUAAAUGAUUUUGUUAUGAUUAUUCAGGCCAAAUUUUAGGAAGAGAUGUGGCGUAACAUCUUCUGCAUGUGCCUAGUUGAAUGAGUGGGUUAUGGAAAAAUUAUGUUGAAUGUAUCCAGAGCUCUCCUCCCAUGUACAUGCAGGGGAGGCCAGAUCUUUCCAGUACUCCUGUAAUCAAAGGAACCACUUGAGUCUUUUGUUGACAAAAUACAGUUGAACCUCCCUUAAGUGGCUACCCAACAAAGGCAAAAUCAGUGUGCCAAGAUUUAACCUUCUAAACCCUGAGAUCAAAAUUAAAAUUCUCAUUUGUUGCCCCUAUUCAUUUACCCCAGAAGUAGUGAGGAGAAGGUAAAGCAAAGCAAAUUCAUCUUUUGUGAUCAUGUCCAUAAUUCUCAUAACCACCAGCGUGCAAAGAAAAUGGUGUCCGAUAGUCUGCGCUGGGGCUAGUAGAUUUUGCUAUCGGGCUGGUGAAUUCUGUUCUUAACUUGCCCGACAGGCAAGUGAUGUUUUUUUAGGAAUUCUAAUAACAGAAGAACUGUGAAAUCAAUUCUGCUCGUCAAAAAGCUUUCGGGGCUAGUUGAAAUGAUGCCAGGGCUAGUAAAUACUAGCUUCAGCUUGCCCAAAUAGCAAGCUGUAAAAAUGAUUUUCUUUGCACCUGGACCACCAGGUUUUACAAAGCAUUGCCAUUACAAGGAGACAUUUGAUACUUAUCACUCUUCUGGUAGUUUACUGAUCCACAGGGGGUCUCCUCCUAGAAAAAGUUUUGAUGUAUCUUCAUUUUAGAAGAGAUUCGUUGCAUGCAAUUUUUAAGUUUCAACACGUUGUCGCUGAACAAUAAUAAUCUGUUAAUUAACAUGUCUAAAUAAAUGCUAUUGUGUGAAUUAUUACAACUGUUGUAUCAUUGUAUCACUGUUGUAUCAGUGUUUGUUUUUAUGUAAUUUUGGAACCAAUUUGUAAUAUUGUUAUAUACUUUCUUUUAGGUUAAACUUUGUAACUGCAGCGUGUGUUGUGUGAAUAAAUGACUAUUAAAUAAUAAUAAAAAAUGUUGUUGCUAAACAUUCUCUGUACACUCUGAAUAGUGUACUAUAUUCAGGGAACAUAGAGAUCAAACCAUGAAGUGGUUCUUACAGGAGGGUAAAACAAUAGAAACUUCUAAAAGUGUCAUCCAAAAAAGUGGUCAUUGGACCUUGCUUACGAGAGGUGGUUGUUUAUGAGAGGUUCCAACUGUAAUGAUUUCACUUGAUGUGUAAGCACAUGCAAAAAUAUGCCCAUGCUGUUAAGUAAAAUUAAAGCAAAAAACUGCAAUAAUAUUUCUAGGUGACUCAAGACUUCUUGUAAUAUUUUUAUACUUAUAGGUGACAGAUUUUGGCUUUGCAAAGAGAGUGAAGGGAAGAACAUGGACUCUCUGUGGAACACCUGAAUACCUUGCACCAGAAAUCAUUCUUAGUAAGGUAAGAAAAUCUGUGAACAUAUUUAGCACAUCACUGUUAAUUAAAUCUACACUCGUUAAUGUCACAAUUUUUUGUUCUUUUGUAAUUCUUCAGGGUUAUAACAAAGCUGUUGAUUGGUGGGCUUUAGGUGUUCUCAUCUAUGAAAUGGCUGCUGGGUAUCCUCCAUUCUUUGCUGAUCAGCCCAUACAGAUAUAUGAAAAGAUUGUAUCUGGGAAGGUAAAGUAUGCAGGGAUGUAGAUACAGAUUUUAAUAAGUGGGAAUGUGGACAUCAUAGGUGGGUAUGAUGGGCCAGAGGCCCAUUUAAUCAUGCCUUUGGCAUGAUUCACCUAGGGGGGUCCAUUGGCGUACUCCCAUGGAAAAUCUUGAAAAUUAGAAUACUUACCAUUAACAUGGGAAAACCGGCAAAUUCCGGUUGGAAAAUCAAAUAGUUUGUGCCAUUCCAUUUGGGAACCUUCAGAAUAUGGGCUGUGAUUUAAGGCGAUGCACUUUUUCUGCUCUGUUUAGUCUGUUCAGCUGAUUUUGAUUUACUUUGAAGCAGGUCGUUAUGCCAGCACGUCAAAUGUUAUAGUUUUAUGUUUACAUGCAAAAUUUCCACCCAGAUGGUUUGUGUAAGUGGGAAACAUCACUAGACUCUUGGAAACACAUUUUCCUGAUUUUGGUGCAAAUUUGAUCCAAUUGGGUACUUUUCCCAGUGAAUACAGAUAAACAGAUUUCUCACAAAUAAAGCUUCCAUAAACUGUGAUACUAUACUAAUACUAAGGUGACACUGUUGUCUGCUCUGGCUCAUGAUGUGGACUUAAAAAUUGUUCAGGAGCAGAUGGGGAAGUAGUUGUGCAUGUGCGCUAAAUGUUUUGUCUUGAUUCUCAGUUUGUUGUCUAGAACUUGUUACUUUCGGCCGGGUUUUUUCUUGCUCUUUUGACUUCAGAAUCACUUGUCUUUCCUCUCUUCCCUGACAUAUCAAGCAAAUUUUGUCCACUGCAGUCUGUUCCCAAAGGACCACGUGAUUUGGCAUUUACUAUUUUACAUUCAUGAGGGGUAAAAUGGUACCGCUUACACAAAAGAGUCUGCAAACAGAAAUGCAAUGCAGUCGUUCAAACUCAAAAAAAUGUAGAGUUUGUAAGUUCAUAUUAGUUGCAGUUGAAGAGAUGCGGGCAGUUGUGGGCAGGAAAAAAAUGACCAACCUUCCUCUAGAAAUAUUUAGGAAAGAGAAUAUGUCCUUUCUGAGGAGGCUGCUCACUUUUACAGCUGGAAGAAUGAUGCUCACAGCCGGGUAAUUUUCCCCGCUCCUGGCUGUUAUCUCCAUCCCUGAGUAUCAGGUCUCAGAAGUGUCCUUUAGCCAUUGCUAUUUUCUCUGCCGCUUUUGCGGCAGACUUUGUUAGAAACAGGACCAGGUUACUGCAAAAUCUUGUCCAAAUGUUUGUUUUCCCAAUAGGUCAAAAUAAACCACUUAAAUACCCUAGACUUGAUUUAGUAAACCCCUGUGGGUUUUAGUUCUUCAUUUACAGUGCUCAAAAGGGAUGGUCAACGGACAAUGUCCUGCAAGAAUGACAUCUUGAGCUGCCAAAAGAUUCACUCGCCAGUCUUAUCAACCAGUCACGUGGAGUCUUUCUUUUAAACAAGCAGCUCCUCAAAAUUAAAAUGUAAAUUUUGCAUUUUGUCUCCUUGUAAAAGGACAAUCACAUUUACAAAUACAAAAUUACACAAGGAUUGGUUCACUUUUUUUCAAAUUUUGACUGGUCCAAAAACAUGACUUGAUGGAGCAAAAAUUUCUUUGGCCAGUUGUUGUGUCCAGCCACUGUCCAAAAUUUAUUUUGAGCCCUGCAUGUAAUAGAUAUCUGUCCUCAUUGAACGCCCGGUCACUGAAAAAGUUGCCAUUAUGUUAUGGAUGUGAUAGGGAGUGAUCAAGUGAAUCAUGUUCACAAAAAGUCGACUUAUUUACAGAGGUCUCCAUUAACAUCACAUUGAUUGUAUCUUUUUUUCCAUUCGUUUCUUUGUCAGGUUCGCUUCCCAUCUCAUUUCACAGCAGAUCUUAAAGACCUGUUGCGUAACCUUUUACAAGUGGAUUUGACAAAACGCUAUGGUAAUCUAAAGAAUGGUGUUGGGGAUAUCAGAGGUCACAAAUGGUUUGCCUCCACAGACUGGAUAGCCAUUUAUCAACGAAAAGUAUGCAAUAAACUUGCCUUUGUUGAGAGUUUUUUUUUCUUCAGUAUAGUUAUUAAAGUCCAAUUUAUUGCACAAACAAUAAUUUACCUUCUUGCGUUGGUAGUUAGUUGCCUUUGACCAUACAUUUCUGAAUCUACCAAUGUAUGGUUUUCAACAUUUUACACAAAGGAAGUUAAAUCACGUGCUGGUUUUUUCUGUGGCAUAAUUUGUUGUCAAUACCAUUUUACUGGUCCAUAGAGUUAUCUCCGAAUUUAGGCAUAAUUUAAGAAAAAAUAUUGUUGUUUUGCCUUUUGUGUAGGUUGAAGCACCCUUUAUUCCCAAAUGCAAAGGUCCUGGAGACUCCAGCAACUUUGAUGAUUACGAGGAAGAACCCCUUCGCAUAUCCACCUCAGAGAAGUGUGCAAAGGAAUUUGCAGAUUUCUGAAGAGUAAAUGACUGACCUAUAACUAUUGUGUAUUUAAGUUAUCCAGCAGUGUACAGAAAAGAAUGAUUGACUUUAAUAUAUCAGGCAUUCUUAACAAGGAGUCCACAGGCCAUUAAUGGACAGUAUUCCAUUUGGAAUGUUAUCACUUUGCCCGGUAUUCCUUCCGUUGUCCUAGAACUGCUUUACAAAGGCUUUUUAUUUAUAAAAAGAACUCCAUUGUAGUAGAUUUUAGGAGAAAGAAUUUUUAAAAGCAGGCAUGUAAAUGUAUUAUUUGUAAUUUAUACAUAUUAUAUAUAAUUUUGCCAAUUCAUAUUUUAGAACACAAGUAUGAAUAGUCAUCUUUAGUUCCAACGGUGUUCAUCCUUCAAUGUCAAUAAAGUUCAUUGUGCCUGUAGUUGUAAACAUCUGUGUAAUAUUAGUUUGCGUAAAAAGGACAACUGUCAUGAUUUGGCCAAAACUAUGGCCAAAAGGGAAAAAUGUAUCAUAUUUCUUGCUUGUUUGUGGUUGCUCUAUUAAUGCAGAAACUUGUUAAGAUCCUUUGUGUCCAUGGGAAUCACUUUAUGUCCAGAUCCCCAUCUAUUUUUCACACUAUUACUUUAUGUCUGUGUGGGCAAGAUUUUCUCUUGAAGUUUGAUAAAAAUAAGUUUGUUGUUGUGGUAUUUUCCAUGUUUAUAAGAAAGUUGUCCUUAUUCCAGGUUAUCAACGUUUAAAAU